AGUGUAGUCCUUUGUUGUAAAAAGUUACUUAUCAUCUAACAGAAAUGUUGUGAAAAGGACUAUUACUCCCAGUGUAGUACAACUAGGGGCUGAACAAGUGCAUGUGCUUUAGUUUAAAAUGUUAUUCCCAAUUAUUCCCCCGCGGAGAAUUUAAUUCAGUGAUUCAUUCAACGAUGACCGAGGGAACAUGCCUUCGUCGGAGGGGAGGACCUUACAAGACAGAGCCGGCGACAGACCUAACCCGCUGGAGGCUGAGUAACGUCGAAGGCAGGCAGACAUGGCGCUUUGUACAGGACAGUGACGCUUCAGACAGAGAGCAGAACAUGUUGGAAGCCCAUUCGUUGGGUUUGGAUACGAGUAAGUUUAUCCCUGACUCCCCCUUGGCCCAAAAUGCAUUGGAGUCAGCCCUGAAGGGCAUGGAGUUCUACAGCCAUCUCCAAGCGGAGGAUGGACACUGGGCGGGAGACUAUGGGGGACCCCUGUUCCUGCUACCAGGUCUUCUGAUCACUUGCCACGUAGCCCAGAUACCUCUACCUGAGGCCUGGAAGAAGGAGAUGGUGAGAUACCUGCGUUCUGUCCAGCUGGCUGAUGGAGGCUGGGGCCUACACAUUGAGGACAAGUCCACUGUGUUUGGCACGGCCCUCAGCUACAUCACCCUCAGGAUUCUGGGAGUCGGGCCUGAUGACAAGGAUAUGGUACAGGCCAGGAACAACCUGCACAGCAAAGGUGGUGCUGCUGGCAUCCCCUCUUGGGGUAAAUUCUGGUUGGCCAUCCUCAAUGUGUACAGCUGGGAAGGAAUGAACACCCUCCUUCCAGAAAUGUGGCUUUUCCCUACCUGGUUCCCGGCCCAUCCCUCCACUCUCUGGUGCCACUGCCGCCAAGUCUACCUCCCGAUGAGCUAUUGCUAUGCGGUCAGGCUGGCUGCCAAGGUGGACCCCCUGGUGCUCAGUCUUAGACAGGAGUUGUAUGUCCAGGACUAUGCCACCAUCAACUGGCCGGCACAGAGGAACAACGUGGCGGCCAGCGACCUGUACACACCACACAGCACACUGCUGACCGUGGCCUACAUGGUCAUGAACAUGUAUGAGGCCCACCACAGCAGUGCUCUGCGAGGGAGAACGCUGAAGGAGCUGUACGACCACAUACAGGCUGACGACCGCUUCACCAAGUGCAUCAGCAUUGGGCCUAUUUCCAAAACUAUCAACAUGCUGGUGCGCUGGCACGUGGACGGACCUUCCUCCGCUGUUUUCCAGGAGCACGUGUCCAGAAUCCCAGAUUACCUAUGGUUGGGAAUGGAUGGUAUGAAAAUGCAGGGGACCAAUGGGUCCCAACUAUGGGACACAGCUUUCGCAGUACAGGCCUUCUUAGAGGCAGGGGCUCAGGACAACCCCAUGUUAGAAGAGUGCCUUAAACAUGCUCACAAAUUCCUCACUGUUACACAGAUACCUGACAACCCCCCUGACUUCCAGAAAUACUACAGACAAAUGAACAAGGGAGGGUUCCCCUUCAGCACGCGGGACUGUGGUUGGAUCGUGGCAGACUGCACGGCCGAGGGCCUGAAGUCACUGAUGCUUCUGCAGGAACAAUGUCCCUUCAUCAGUCAGCACGUCCCCUUCCAGAGCCUGUGCGAUGCUGUCAGUGUGUUGUUGAGCAUGAGAAACAGUGAUGGCGGCUUCGCCACCUACGAAACCAAGCGCGGAGGCAGACUUUUGGAGCUGCUAAACCCCUCAGAAGUGUUUGGUGACAUAAUGAUAGACUACACCUAUGUAGAGUGCACCUCAGCAGUUAUGCAGGCUCUGAGACACUUCCAGAAGUUGUACCCUGAACACCGGUCAGCAGAGAUCAGGUCUACUCUGAAAGAAGGAUUGGAGUACUGCCGGAGGGUACAGAGGCCUGAUGGAUCAUGGGAAGGGUCUUGGGGUGUCUGCUUCACCUAUGGGGUCUGGUUUGGCUUGGAGGCCUUUGCCUGCAUGGGUCACACCUACCACAAUGGCAGUGUUGCGUGCGGGGAGGUGCAGAGGGCCUGUGACUUCCUGGUCACCCACCAGAUGGAGGACGGGGGGUGGGGGGAGGAUUUUGAGUCCUGCAAGCAGCGCUGCUACGUCCAGAGCGCUAACUCCCAGAUUCAUAACACCUGCUGGGCCCUGCUUGGCCUCAUGGCUGCGAGGUAUCCAUGUGCUCAGGUGAUUGAGCGAGGCAUACAGUUGUUGAUUGAAAGGCAGCUGCCCAAUGGAGACUGGCCACAGGAGAACAUCUCUGGUGUGUUCAAUAAGAGCUGUGCCAUCAGCUACACUUCCUACAGAAACGUCUUCACAGUGUGGACGCUUGGACGCUUUUCCAAAUUAUACCCUUCCAGUCCUCUGGCUGGGAAGAUCAAGCUGUGAUGUCAGGGGUCACUGAAAUGGCAAAGAGCCAGCAGGGGUGUGAUACUUAAUUUCUAAAAACGUAGCAUAAAACACAGAUGAAUGAGUUGGUGCUUUUGACUAGAAACUGGUGAAAUAUAAAUAAAAGUCCUGUUUCUACAGUUGUGAUGAUAAGUUUAACUAUGUAAAAAGAUAUGAAGCGGCAUUGACUUAAGUUAAACAGGUUUAAUGUUGAAAACAAACAUUAUAUUCCAGAGAAAUGUUUUAAGUUAUUGAUUGCAAUUUACAUAAAGCUGGGUUUUUGAAGGAUCA